UCUGAAGUCAAUAUUACCACUAAUAACACAAUGACAGUUGAUAUUCCUCUCUCUUUUGCAACAUGCUCGAUCGGAAAGCCGACCGACAGUCUUCCGGCUAAGCUGCAGGCCCUGUCGGAAGCUGGCUUCCACGCCGUAGAGCUCGCCUUUCCGGAUAUUCUGACGUUCGCAAAGGAGACUCGCGGCGAGGUUGCCGAGGACGACUACGAGGCGCUGCGCGAGGUCGCCCGCGACAUUAAGGGCGUGUGUGACCGCUACCAGAUCAAGGUCAUGAUGCUGCAGCCGUUCGCCAACUUCGAGGGCUGGCCCCGGGAUUCCAAAGAGAGAGAGGACGCCUUCAAGCGCGCGCGCGGCUGGAUCAGUCUUAUGGAGGCCCUCGACUGCGACAUGCUCCAGGUCGGCUCAACCGACACCCCAACAGAAUCCCUCUCGCCUAGCCUCCGAGAAUCUAUGAUAGAAGACCUCCAAUCCCUCGCCGACCUCCUCUCCGAGAAAAAAAUGCGCCUCGCCUACGAAAACUGGUGCUGGUCCUCUCACGCCCCAGACUGGUCCGCCGUACACGACCUCAUCACCGCCGUGAACCGCCCCAACAUCGGCCUCUGCCUCGACACCUUCCAAGCCGCCGGCGCAGAAUACGCCGACCCGACGCAGCCGGACGGGCUGAUCGCGACCACAGACGCGAAGUCCAACCUCUCAGCCGCCGACAAGUUCCGCGCCAGCAUGACGCGCCUCGCGAAGGCGGUGCCCGCCGACAAGAUCUACCUUUUGCAGGUGUCGGACGCGUACCGCACGGACCCGCCCCUGGAGGACGUGGCGGUGGACGGCAUGCGGCCGCGCGCGCGCUGGAGCCAUGAUUUCCGGCCGCUGCCGUAUGGGGGUGGGUAUUUGCCUAUCGAGGAGGUGGGGCGGGCGGUGCUUGGGACGGGGUUCCGGGGGUGGUUCUCUGUGGAGGUUUUUGAUGGGGAGCGCCGCGGGGUCCCUCUCGGUGAGUAUGCGAAGCAGGGGAUGGAGAGUGUCACUCGUUUUGUACAACGGUGUCAAGGGGAUUCAUAGGGGUUCUCUGUGAGGGGUUCAUUGUAUUUAGCUUGGUGUGCUUUGUUGAUAAUCCAAUAUUUAUGUCUC